AUUUUAAUUAACACAAUUAAGUAAUUAACAUUCCUGUGAGGUAAAUAGUUUUUUGUGUGUCUCUGCUAAUUAGUGGCUUGUGAUGAGUAAUUUUCGCCUAGAUAAGGAAGGUUUUACGGAGUUAUAAUCAGAUAUUACAGAUUAGUAUGCCUUCAUUUGUCAAUGGACCAAUAAGCCUGUUAGAGACAACAUACAAUUGCAAAAUGGAUGUAGAUACAGGUCAAAGGUCAGAUGGUAUGAAGUCCUCACAGUCUAACCAAUCAAAUGACAGACUGGCUGAUGGACAACCAAAUGGAGAUGUGAACUUUGAUCAGCUGUGUAAUGUUAAAAACUUAAAAGAAGAAGAACUUUUACCAAGAAUUAAAGAAAUAGUCAUGGCAUUAAAGGCACUAGAGGAUUACGAUCGGGGGGAAGGGAUGAAACUUGUGAAAAGUAUUGGGGAUACCUACUGGAGUCAUAAAAGUGUCAGGCAUAAAAUAGGUCAUGUUCUUAAGGAGCAGGAUUUUGCAGAAAUAGCAAUGAAAAUGUUGACAUCAUUAAACAAGAAAGGAAUUUUUAAAAAUGAUGGAAUCUGGUUCCCAACUUACUAUACACUGAAUACUCUGUGGAACUAUUCAGAUGCCAGUCUAGAACUUGCCAAAACAGUAGCACAACAUGGUGGAGUAAAAUAUUUCACUGUCAACUGUAAACACAAGCCUUAUAUAGAUAAUAUGUCAUCAAAGAAUGUAUUUUAUGUGGUCAAGUCUUCAAUGAGUAUAUUACAUAAUAUAGCCAGGAACUCUAAUGUUCAUCAUUACUUCAAAGAAAAUGCUACCUCAGAUGUGAUGAUCCAGUUUUUACAAUCAAAAGAAGAGCAUGAGAUGUUAAAGAUAAUGGCCAUGUUGACGUUAGCUCAUAUCGUAGAGGAGGAGGAGAACGAUAAAUUAAUUGAUGACACAGGAGCUGUUGAAGGAAUAGUCAGCUAUAUCAAGUUAGCAUUAAACAAUGAGCGAGGAAGAUAUAAAGGGUUUACACCUAUUGAACUCAUGGAUGGACUUGGUAAACUGGCUGUCAACGAUAGAAAUAAAAGCAAGAUAAUUGAUGCAGGUGCUCUCCCUUUACUUCUGAAAAUGUUAAAACAAGAAAAUAUGGAAGAACAGGCAGUGGCAUCAAAAGCUCUAUGGACAUUAUCUUUUGAUAAAGAUGUGGCACAAAAAAUACGAGACUUUGAAGAUCUUAUGCCUAUAUUAGAAAAGUUAUCAGGCAGUCAAGAUAAAAAUGUAGAGAAAAAUUGUAAAGGAGCAUUGUUUGUACUUAAGGGAGAGAAUGAUGUCAAAAAUCGUCCAAAAUCCUCAUCAAGAAGAUCCAAGAGACAUAUAUUUAUAAGUUAUGCCUGGAAUGAAAAAGAUAUGGUCUAUAAACUCAAAGACAGGCUGAAGCAAGAAGGUUUGGAGGUAUGGAUAGAUGUAGAAAGAAUGGGAGGAUCCACAUUAUCAGCCAUGGCGGAGGCAGUGGAAAAUGCAUCUGUUGUGUUAAUUUGUAUGUCAGAAAAAUAUAAACUCAGUCCAAACUGUCGUCUGGAGGCUGAAUACACAUUCCAAUGUCGGAAGGACUAUGUUCCACUGAUGUUACAGAAACAAUAUCGGCCUGACGGUUGGCUCGGAGCUAUAUUAGGUGCUAAGUUAUACUUUGACUUUAGUGGAAAAUACCCUUUUGAGAAACCUUGGAAUGGACUAAUGAAGGAACUGAAAGGAAUGGGAAAAUUAGGGGAAUCUAUGGAGAAAAGAGCCGAUUCAACAGAUGCUCUUAUAGCUUCAUCAUCAUCAACAACGACAACAUAUGCAGCGCCCUCUAGCUCCAGAUUACUCAAGAUGAACAACGACGAUGUUAGUGAGUGGCUGUGCUCUGUCAAACUUGACGGCUGUGUUCCUUACUUUGCACAGUUCAAUGGAAAGUUACUGGAUCAACUGAAGAAAAUGAGAGAUGAGGCUCCAGAGUUUUAUUAUCAGUGUUUAGAAAGAAGCUUGAAAAUGAACUUGGUAGAAAUUCUAACAUUCACAGAUGCUUUACAACAAUUGUAAAUACAAGUAGAUCUUUAAAAAGUUCCAUUACUAAUCAGGAAGUAGUGUUAGAUGAAAGCAUGAAUGAGUCCAGAUUGAGACAGGAAGUAAUGUAAGCAGACAGAGGACAGUGUUUUCUCACGUCCCAGAAUAUUUCAUAUGAAUUGAUCGUGUAUUAUCUAUUCUUCAUAAGAAGAGUUUUUUUUUAUUUUGAGUUUUGAAUGAAUUUAAUGAUAAUGUUUUUUAACAUCCUGUAUAAUUGAUAUUUUUGAAUGAGUGUUCCAAUAUUUUGUAAACCCCUGCUCUCGGGUAUUUUGGUUUACUUUUGUCCGUUAUUUGUCCCUGCGUCUUUGAUCCCAUAGCACGUGUUCUGUUGUAUUUUUGGCAGAAGCUACAAGUAAUAUCUUCUUGAUAUGGUGCAGCAAGUUUCAUCUGGUUAUCCCAUAUUGUGCUACCCUGAUAUUUGACCUUUGACCACUUUAAUACAAUAUGGCAGAAACCAGUUUUUCAAUGGCUUGUGUGUUUCGGUCAGAACUUGGAAAUCUUUUUACAUAUACCUUUUUAUAAUGAUAUUUGGCAUUUGGGUGUAUUACAGCAAAAAUGAGCAACAUAUGACGUAUUGCUAUGUGUUUCUUAAUUCUACAUUGGCUAGAGGUAUAGGGGAGGGUUGAGAUCUCACAAAACAUGUUUAACCCUGCCACAUUUUUGCACCUGUCCCAAGUCAGGAGCCUCUGGCCUUUGUUAGUCUUGCAUAUUUUUUUAAUUUUAGUUCAUUUAUAUGUUUUGAAGUUUAGUGUGACGUCCAUUUUCAGAGAACUAGUACACAAUAUUAUUUAGGGGCCAGCUGAGGACCACCUCCAGGUGCGGGAUUUUCUCGCUGCGUUGAAGACCCAUUGGAGGCCUUCAGCUGUUGUCUGCUCUUUGGUAGGGUUGUUGUCUCUUUGACAUAUUCCCCAUUUCCAUUUUCAAUUUUAUUGACCUUUGACCUCUUAGUCAAAUUAUUUAUUUUAUUUUUAACUUGUUAGCUGUGUGUAUUUGUUUACAUUCUAGUCCUUUGGUACUUGUUGAUAUUUAUACUGGGUGACUGAAUUGGCAAUCUUACCACAUCUCCUUAUUUUUAUAUUAAUUAUAAAAAGAAGAUGUGGUAUGAUUGCCAAUGAGACAACUCUUCACACGAGACCAAAUGACACAGAAAGUUUGUCAGGGUAAAUAUAUGGUGUAGUUGGUUGCUGUUUAUCAUAUCUUUUUUUCAUUUCUUGUUUUGUACAACAAUCAGGGUAUUGGUUUUUUUUUUUUA